AAGUGCUAUAAAUUGAGGGAAGUUCAUGAGCUCAUCUGCAACCAUUACUAAAGAGCUACAAAAAAAAGAAACAACAAAACCCUUAUUUAAAAAUGGCAGUGAUGAGUCACGACAAAGCAGAAGACAGGCUAUACGAGUCAGCUCACACACGGCCUAUUCCUUAUAACUCACAAAUUGUUGGCCAAGAGAGUGGCGGAGACGAUGACGAUGACGACAGUGACGUGGCUCCGGCGGCUUGAUCUUCCGCAGUGACAGUUAAAUAACUAGUAAUUAUGCUUCUUAUCUUAGAACCACACGCACAACACAAAUAUAUAUAUAAGCUUAGCUGAGCUGCUGAAGCACGGGAUCGUGCCUGUAUUUAUCCAUGUCGCAAGCAGGCUUUAGUAUUUAUUACAUAAACAACAUUUUUGACUUUGGAGUGUUGAGAGACUUAGCUAGAUUUAAGUAAUAAUGUUAUGUAUCGGUGUCUAUUACUUAUGAAUCAUGAAAUAAUAAUAUUACAUUAUGUUCACAA